AUGAGCUCCCUCUUUGUUAAAUGUUUAUAAUGUAAUCAAAGACCAGCAACAAUAAAAUGUCAAUAGUGUAAAAUUGGCCAGGUUGUCAGAUUAUGUUACAGUUGUGAUUCACAAGUGCAUAAUAGAUAAGGACCUAUUAGUCAACUACAUAAGACAGAAAUCAUUCCUUAUUAAGAAAUGUAUUAAAAAGCUCCACAAUCAGCUGGCUAAACAAACUUGGGAAAUAAAUUUGAAAAUACUCAAAAUGCUCAAAAAAAAUAAUAACCUUAACAGUCAUAAUAACCUUAGGGGCAAUUUAAAUUUACAGCAACAACCAAAUAAGAACCACCCUAAUUUACUUAGAAGCCAGUUACCAAUGUGGCAAAACCACUACAAUAACCUGCUGCCAAGGAGAUUAAUUUCUCUGGCACAAGAUCAAACAACAAGCCAAGAUAUGAUUAAAAGGAAGAGGAACAAUACAAUAGUUCAUAAAAAAACUCUGAUUAAAAAGGUUCCUUAAACAAUCAAUUAAAAGAAGAGCAAGAUACAAGUUAACAGCUUAAAAAAGAACUUAAAUAAGCUUAAGAUUAAUUAAAUUCCCUUAAUAGAGAGGUUGAGAAGAAGAUCAAGGCAUCUCAGUAGGACCUUGAGAAAAAACUGAAUGAUUUAAAGAAGGAAGGAGCUGAAGAAAAGAAGAAAACACAGUAGUUGACUGAGGAUGUUAAAAAAAUGCUGAAACCUAAACUCAAAAGAAAUUAGAUUAACAAAAAAAAUAAUAUGAAAAAUAAAUGUCAAGAAAUGGAAUAAACCAUUAAUGAGAAGCAAUAAUAAAUUGAUGAGAUUGCUUAGGAAUUCUAGAAUUACAAUCUAGAAGAUAUUUAGGCUAAAAUGGAAGAAAUGUCAAAUGAUAUCAAUAUGAAAGAUUAGAUUAUUGAAUAAUUGCAAAAACAAUUAGAAAAAGGUGAAGGCAACUAAAAUGAUGGAGAGGAUGGAGACAAGGAGGAAAUCAUUCAAUAAAUAGAGUAAAAGGAUUUAGAAAUCAAAAAACUUGAGGAAUUGAUAGACAAUUUCAAAUAAUUGUACUAGCAUAUGUUAGAUGAAAAAUAAGUAAUUAUGGAAGAGAAUGAAAAAUUGGCUAAUGAGAAUAACCAAUUCAGAGAAAUAUUUAGUUAAAACUUGCACUUGUUUGGAAUUGAUCCUAAUUAAUUGGAAGAGGAAGGGGAAGGAGAAGGUGAAGAUGGAGAUGGGUAUCAACAAGAGGAAGGUGAGAUAAUUGAAGAAGAUGAGACCAAUGAUACAUCUUGAUAUUAAUAGUAUCAUUUUCCAAAUAU